AUGAGCUACUCUACCCGAGUUCGUACGUUUAAGGAAUCAGACUCGGCGCAGGUCCGUGAACUCUACUUGCUAGCGAUGCUAUAUGGCCCUCGAGCGCCAGUUACUAUUGCGCUGAAGCAUCAGCUUCGCAAGCCUUUCGCAAUGGUUCUCUACUCCAUUUUUGCUUGUGGUGUUGCUUUGUUGCGUCAAUCCUCCACUCGGGUAACAGGAAUGGCCAUGUCUUCCACCGCCCUUAGUCUUUUCCUGGCUUGGUGUCGCAUUAUCUGGAGUAAAUUCAAGACUUUCUGCCAAGCAGCAGUUGACGGAGAUCUUGCUGAUAUUGGAAAGAAUUAUUCAGCACUGCCGUCGGAUGGGUUUGAAGUACAUUCGAGCAGGUUUUGGGUCGUAGAAGUAGUAGAAGGUGAUGAGACAGGAAAAAUUGUCGGCGCUGUUGGAUUAGAUUCAUCAACUAAUCCAGAUCCAAAGUCAGCUGAACUGCGUCGAAUGGUAGUUUCUCCAGCUUAUCAACAACAGGGAGUGGGCAGCCUCCUCGUGAAAACUCUUCUCGAGUAUGCGAGAAUGCAUGGGUUGACAAGUGUCUUCUUGUCCACGAGCAUGUAUCAGAUGCCAGCAAUGCAACUCUACGAGCGUCUUGGGUUUGUACUGGACAAGAAGGUGGAGGUUCAAGUCAAAAUCUUAUUCAUCGUGAACAAGGCUUAUUUGCAUUUCUACAAGAUCGAGUUGUAG